CCACCGCCGCGAAGACUCUGAUUCCCUUCGUUGUCGUCUAGUUUUUCUGCUCCAGCCGAAGUCGUCAUCGGAUUUGGAUUGAACCCGGGGUGAUGGCUGAUCUGCUAGGGUUUCGAACUCCUUUCUGCAGUGGUGACAGUUGGGUCGAACUCGUUGUCGGAUUUUGGAUUUGAACUCGAGGGUGACGGUGGGAUGACGAUUGGGAUUCGAACUAGCAGUGACGGCUAGGUCGUACUCGUCACUAGAUACAGAUUUUACUGAUCUCGAUCUUCACUGCAACCUUGUCUAUGAUGACACAGGCAACUUCGCCGUGAUCAAUGUCGACGGAGACGACAUCGUUGAUCCUCUGUGGCAGAGUUUCAAUUUCUCGCCGGAUUCAUGGCUUUCGGGGAUGAAAUUGGUCGUAUACAAAAGCCAGAGUGGGAGUUAGAGUCGUCACCGAAGUUGACGUCAUGACUGAAUUUCGACCGCCGGUGAUAGAAUCUGGGAUUAGGGUUCUAUCGGGUUUGAUCGUGAGAUUGAGAAUUAGGGAUUAAGAAUAGAGUUAGGGUUUGAGAAGAGAAAGAUAGAGAAUCGGCCUAGGCCUUUAGAGGAAUUGGAAACAAGAAUUGAGAGGAUUGGGAGAAUAGUGUUUAGGAAGGCUUUUAUUAAUAUUCUUCUUGACUGAUCUGAAUAAAACGCUAAAUACAUAUUUAUAACGAAAGACUCGAAAAACCUAAUAGACUAUCCUAAUAUGACUCAAUAACUACUACCCUAUCUAAUAAUAUCCUAAUUAUAGUAAUAAUAAUUAUUAUGAUAAAUUCCAAGAAUUGGGUUUCCGGCAAGGAAAAGCUGGUGAUGAAGCGGCGAGGGGUUGUGUUCUGCACCAGCGACAAGCUAUUGGCGCCCAAUAAAUUCCAGAAUCUCGAACUAGGAGGAAAGGGGUUGAUGAACUUCAACGUCUCCUGCAUCUCCAAUCCUCCUAGCGAGGAUUACUUGACCUUCUCUGUUUCUCAAUUCAGCGCUCUGCAUUUGAGAUUUGACGGUGAGAUCAUGGUCCAAACUGGGACAAUCCCACAAGUCUGCGACGGGAACUUCACCGAGAAUGGGUGUCGGAGAUGGGAGAAGGGUCGGCUUGCCGGAGGGAUAACGACGACAAGUUCGUGAUCCGCGGGGGAAGGUUCAAAGAAAGUUUGAUGGCCCGAAAUGAUAACCUGAGUAUGGUGAUUAUAAAGACUAGUGCGGGAAGGAUUGUAAGUGCGUUGAAAGCGUAAUGAAUGGCAUUGGAGAUCAUAACGAGACGGGAUGUACGCUUCUGUACGAGGGAUUUGGGAAGUUCCUGGACCGAUGAAGGAAUACUUUCACGUCUUUGUUGGCGGAGGUAGUGGCGGAGGCAGAUCGCCAUCAGAUGCGGAUCGGAGAACAAGUGAGCGUGGGCAGAAUCACUUGAUAUGGGUUUUGUUUGCUGAAGCAGGGGUUCUCAAUUAUUAUUCUCUGAAUUUUCUUGAACCAGAGAAGGCAAAAGCUUAGAGGUUUGUGAACUCUGUUUUUUUAAUAUUUUAAUGCAUUGUUUUUUAAUUUAUAGUUAUAAUGAGGUGGAAAUUGUGAACAUAUUUAUUAUUUAUUUUUUAAUAAUUUUUAUUUGCCACGUCACUAGUUUAACGGUCAACUGUAAGAGUUGCCUGCCACAUCAGAAAAAGUUAACGGAGACUACCGGAGAGUGACCAAACUUGCACUGUACAACUAAUUUAAGUGACUACGGAUGGAAUAAACUAAUUUUAGUGGCAAACGUGAACUAAUUAAAGUGACCAAGCUUGCAAUUUAGCCCGUAUCAAGGUGACUCUCACAAGGUCACUCAUCAUUGCAGUACUGCAUAAUAAACACGUUUAACUUCG